AUGGCUUCCGGGUACAGCUCAGACGAAGGUGAAAUUGUCGAGAACGGCGACCAUGGUGUGAAAAAGGCAACCACUCUGCCGCAUCGUGAGGGGGCCAGCGGUGUUGACCGUACCAAUAGAAAUCGAGGCAGGCCGUCCCGGUCUCCCGAGCCCGGCUUUCGUUCCGGCUCUCCACGCGGCUCCAAGCGUGCCCGCGCUGACGAUCGCGACUAUUAUAAUGGAUCCAGGGGCGGCGGCUCCGACCGCGACCCGCGCCGGUUCCGCGUCCACUACGAGGAAUCAUCGCGCCGCCGCGAUCGGCCCCCCCGCCAGUACGAGGACCUAGACCGCCCGGGUACUAACGGCCCUCUUCCCUAUGAUGACCGAGACUAUCGCUACGACGACAGAGAUGGCGACAAGUACCCGGACAAGCGCGCACGUCAUCGCAGCAGAUCGCCGUACCGCUCCACGCGGGCCGAUAACGGAGGGCGUGAUAGAGGUGGCGGCAGAGGUGAUGUUCACCAUCGCGAUCGACAAUCUCAGGAUAGGGACCAGGCUGAGUCUAUCAAGUAUAGUACCCACAAUGACAGACAGCCACGGGACGAAACCAUGUCCAAGCGGGCUCGUCCUGUGGUUGAUGAUAGUAGCCAGAGAAUGGUCCAUGCUAAAUCUGUUCAAGGUGUUGCCGAAGAGCAUAAAAACGGUGCUGAAGAUGACAAAAGAGACACUGGCUCCAAGCAGCCCGAGUCUCAGUCCGAGGACUGGGAACCUCCGUCCGUCGUGGACGAAGAGGCUGAAAUCGAGCGUCGGAGACGGCGGCGUGAAGAGCUCCUUCGCAAGUCACGCGGCUCAACACCAAUGCAGCAACAGCUUCUUGCUGCAUCUGCUGCCAAGCUGGCGGUUUCGACCCCUGAAUCGACACAGGGCAACACACCACAACGGACCGAAGUCAACACUCCUCGCUCUGACGCGGUAUCGCCUGAUCGGUCCUCUGCGCAAGCCAACGAUGCUGGAACGCCAGAGGCUCUGGAUAUGUUCACUGAACAGGACCUGGUCAACACCCAUAGCAAGGGCAAAUCCCUGGAUGAAGAUGGUCCAUCGGCUGCCGACUAUGAUCCUACUGCUGACAUGAAAGAGGAUGAGCGCCGCGACGAGAUGCGACAUGGCAACGUUGGAUUACACGGUGAAGGCCCUAAUACAAACAAUGCCUCGGCUCUUGGCAACGAAGAGUCUAUGAAAAAGGAGACAGGUACCGGCGACUCAAAAGCAGCUGGCGACGAUGACGAUGACGACUUUGACAUGUUCUCCACGGCCCCGCCCGAGAGGUAUGUUGCACCCAAAACGUCGGCUCAAGCGGCUGCUGCAGAAGAUGAAGCAGGUACUACGCACCUGGCGCAGGGUAACGGUGGCGGUAUCCUCGAAGGCGAUGACAAGGACGGCUACUACAAGAUCAGGCCUGGGGAGAUCCUCGAUGGCCGGUAUCAGAUCCAGUCGGCACUCGGCAAGGGCAUGUUCUCGGGUGUGGCGAGGGCAAUGGACGUAACGAACAAGAAGCUCGUUGCCAUCAAAAUCAUGCGCAACAAUGACGCCCUACGAAAAGGAGGUUUUACUGAAAUCGCCAUCCUGCAGAAGCUCAAUGAUGCGGAUCCUGAGAACAAGAAGCACAUUGUCAAGUUUGAGCGCUCUUUCGAGUACAAGGGCCAUUUGUGUAUGGCCUUUGAAAACUUGUCUCUCAACCUCAGAGAGGUGCUGAAAAAGUUUGGCAACAAUGUUGGUAUCAACCUUCGGGGCGUCCGGGCUUAUGCAUACCAGAUAUUUUUGGCCUUGGGGCACAUGCGCAAGUGCAGCAUCAUACACGCCGAUCUAAAACCGGACAACAUAUUGGUCAACGAUCAACGUAAUGUGCUAAAAAUCUGCGAUUUGGGCACUGCGAUCGACAGAUCGGAUGCGGCGACAGCACACAAUGAGAUCACACCUUACCUCGUCAGUAGGUUCUACCGAGCGCCUGAGAUCAUCCUAGGAAUCCCAUACGACUAUGCCGCAGACAUGUGGUCGAUCGGUUGCACCCUGUACGAAAUGUACACGGGCAAGAUUCUCUUUACGGGCGAUAGCAACAACCAGAUGCUCCGAGCCAUCAUGGAGAUUCGUGGCAAGAUCAGCAGAAAGCUCUAUCAAAGAGGUGAGCUGUGGCAGAUGCACUUUGACGAACUGGGCAACUUUUUCAGUCAAGAGAGGGAUAAAGUCCUGGGAAAGACUACCGUCAGGACCCUGGCCGCCAUCAAGCCAACUCGCGAUCUGCGGACCCGUCUGCUGGCCGCGUCUGCUGGCAUGACGGAUACUGAGGCCAAGGAGCUUAACCUCUUUCACGACCUCUUGGAUCGCUGCCUCCACGUCAACCCUGACAAGAGGAUCACUCCUGCUGACGCCCUGAAGCACCCCUUCUUCACAGCCAAGUUGUAUACGACUGGUCGGCGUUGA